AUGCAUUGGCCAGAGGUGCUGGAGAACGAAACGCAAGUGCGCCAGUUCCUCGGUACCAUAAAUUACCAUCGCGUGUUCAUGGGACCGGACUAUGCCGACGUUGCCCGGCCGCUGGUUGAUCUUACGCGUAAAGACGUCAGUUUCGAAUGCACAGAGCUUCACACGCAAGCGGUGCGGCAGCUCAAACAGCGCUUAAUCGACUUCACUACAUUACAAGUCCCUGACACCACGAAGCCCUUCGAGUUACACACAGAUGCCUCUGGUUGUGCGAUCGGAGCACUUCUGGAACAAGACGGCAAACCCGUCGGCUUCCUCAGCCAAGUCAUGAACCCCACGCAAAAGAUAUACUCGAUCUACGAUCAGGAACUCUUGGCGUCGGUCAUGGCACUGGAUAAGCGGUCGCACUUGCUCCGUGUCUCCAAGGUAACGGCUUACACUGAUCAUCAAGCUCUCACCCAUCUCGAACAACUCCAAGCGUCGAAGCCUCUGCGCGGACGCACCGCCCGGUGGCUAGACUUUCUUGCGGAGUUCCCAGAUUUGCACAUCACUUAUGUUCAAGGAGCGCGCAAUCAAGUUGCUGAUGCCUUGUCUCGCCGUCCCGGUCUUCCUAACACCUGCUCGCACGACACAUCAUCGACACCACUGAUGCUCGCAAUAGGAGAAGCGAGCGCGGUUCCCCGCUCUCGUGGUCGGUGUAGUGCACAGCGCCUACUGCUGCGGCUACGCUGCUACCUGCCCCCCGAGCAGGACCUAUGA